GCCGGAAGUAGGAAGAGGAAGGCAGUAAUGGCGGCUGCUACCGACGUCCAGAAGGUGGCGGGAGACUGCACGGAGGAGGAGCCCGGCACGGCGACCGAGGACUUGGCUGCCCAGAAGCGCGAACAGAGACUGCGCAAGUUCCGAGAGCUGCACCUGAAGCGGAAUGAAGCUCGUAAGUUAAAUCACCAAGAAGUUGUGGAAGAAGAUAAAAGACUUAAGUUGCCUGCAAAUUGGGAAGCCAAAAAAGCUCGUUUGGAAUGGGAACUACAGGAAGAAGAAAAGAAAAAGGAAUGCGCAGCAAGAGGGGAAGACUAUGAGAAAGUGAAGUUGCUGGAGAUCAGUGCAGAGGAUGCAGAGAGAUGGGAGAGGAAAAAGAAGAGGAAAAACCCUGACCUAGGGUUUUCAGAUUACGCCGCUGCCCAGUUGCGCCAGUAUCAUCGGUUGACCAAGCAGAUCAAACCUGACAUGGAAGCCUAUGAACGACUGAGAGAAAAGCAUGGAGAGGAGUUUUUCCCAACAUCCAACAGUCUUCUUCAUGGGACACAUGUGCCUUCCUCAGAGGAGAUUGAUAGGAUGGUCAUAGAUCUGGAGAAACAAAUUGAGAAGCGAGACAAAUACAGCCGGAGACGCCCCUACAAUGAUGAUGCCGACAUCGACUACAUUAAUGAGAGGAACGCCAAGUUCAACAAGAAAGCCGAGCGCUUCUAUGGCAAGUACACGGCUGAGAUCAAGCAGAACCUGGAGAGAGGAACGGCCGUUUAAGCCCUGCAGGAGCCGAGUUGAGCUUAGGAUGGAGUGAAAUUCCUGCUUGAGGACUGAAGUGCUCAGAACCAGAGCUAGAUCGGUCUGCCUUCCCACCCAGCAUUCCUGAAUAAAUGUCUUUCUUCAACAUGCACUUCCCCAUCUGUACGCGUGGAUGGAAGGUGUAUUUCUUGUAGUGAGGUGGUUUUUGUAAAACUCCACUUUGUAUAAAUCCUAACUAUAUUAUUUUUCUAUGUA